GUGGCUUCCCAUCUAAAUUAACAACCUCAUUAAUCUUGUCCCUUUCUUUGGGUUUCAAGAAUCUUCAUUAACAACUCCCAUCUCUUCUCCCCACGCCCUUUUUUCUCAAAUUCCGCCAUUAGAUCGGUGCUUUAAUUUUCAGAUCAGUCGGUUCUUUGAUUUUCAGAUCAGUGCUUAAACACUACCCACAUGGAUCUAGCACCGGAAGAGCUUCAAUUCUUGACAAUACCCGACAUUUUCAGAGAAUCAAUCUCCAUCCCAAAACGUUCCCCAACUACAUUUUACCUCAUAACCCUAACCCUAAUUUUCCCACUUUCUUUUGCAAUUUUAGCCCAUUCUCUCUUCACUCAUCCCCUUUUAUCCAAUCUUGAAGACCACCCUUCGUUAGACCCAUCUCAAACCCGUCACCAAUGGACUCUGCUCCUUAUCAUUCAGUUCUUUUACUUGAUUUUUCUCUUUGCUUUCUCUCUUCUUUCCACCGCUGCGGUGGUUUUCACGGUUGCUUCUUUAUAUACCUCUAAGCCCGUGUCAUUUUCCUCCACUAUUAGUGCUAUUCCUAGGGUUUUUAAGCGCUUGUUCAUUACUUUUUUGUGGGUUUCUCUGUUGAUGGUUGUUUAUAACUCUGUGUUUCUUGUUUUCUUGAUUAUUUUAGUUAUUGCUAUUGAUACCCAGAAUGCCCUUUUAGUUAUGUUCUCUUUGGUUGUUAUUUUCUUGCUUUUCUUGGUUGUUCAUGUCUUUAUUACUGCUUUAUGGCACUUGGCUAGUGUGGUUUCUGUUCUUGAACCUAUUUAUGGCUUUGCUGCUAUGAAGAAGAGCUAUGAGCUCUUGAAGGGGAGGAUUCGUAUGGCCGUUAUUCUUGUUUUCGGGUAUUUGGCAAUUUGUGGUGUUAUUGGAGGGACUUUUGGGGGUGUUGUUGUUCAUGGUGGAGAUAACUAUGGUGUUUUUGCAAGAAUUGUCGUUGGAGGAUUUUUGGUUGGAGUUUUGGUGAUUGUGAAUCUUGUAGGGUUGUUGGUGCAGAGUGUGUUUUACUAUGUUUGCAAGAGUUAUCAUCACCAGGGGAUCGAUAAGAUUGCGUUACACGAACAUCUUGGUGGCUACCUCGGAGAAUAUGUGCCUUUGAAAAGCAACAUUCAGAUGGAUAGCUUGGAUAUGUGAUCAGGACGGGAACAUGUGCAUAAUGGAUAAAGAAUUGGUGUCAUUUGUAAGUUUCUGCAUUUGUAAUCCUUGAUGCAAGUAUGUAGAAUCUUUUUCACGUUGGCUACUUCUUAAAUUUAGCAAUUUUAAUAAGAUUUUGAGGUGUUAUUGUCUGUAGAAGUUGUAUAAUGUAUGUUGCUGAGUAUUAGAUAUGACUGGAAGCUUCUUUUUUGAUGGUGAAAUUGUAUAUCAAAUUAUUUGUUCAACUUGGAUACUAUUUCCUUGUAUCUUUAUAUGAUAUGAGAAUGAUAUGUUGGUUGUAGUUA